UCUAUGAUAGAACUUGAAGUAAGGUUAUGUUUGAAAAAUAAAACGUUUGUAAUUUUGUAUAUACAUACACUAAAUAAAGUUUUAUGUUACACAAAAAACAAUGGCUAUUCAAAAGAAACCUAUAAAAUUGAAACACAUUAAAGCUGACAUCCUUAAAGAAGUUAAUUUUUUAAAAAACAUUUUUACAUAUUAUUCACCUCCUAAUCAAAGUAAAGAUAAUGUUACCUUCAUGGACUUUGAAAUGACAAAAGGUGAACAAGAAGAUAAUAAGAAGGAGGUUGACAAACCCAAAAGAGCACAAAGUAUUGCUGAGCUAGAAGAGAAAUUAGAAAAAGUAAAAUCUCAACAUAAAUUAAAUUUAAAGAGUAAACUGAUGAAGAAAAGUCUUACAAGUAAACUAAAUAAAAAAAUUAAGAAGAAAGAGAGGGUUAAGUUAAAUAAAAAUAAAGUCAAAGCAAUCAUUAAAGAUAGAAAUGAUGGUGCUGCUGUAAAUGAAAGUAAUGUGACACAAGCUAAGCCAGUAUUUAACACUGAUGGAAAGCUUGUAUUUUCAAAGUUUGAUUUUGCUAAUCUUGGAACUAAAGAAAAAGUUUCUAAAGGACACAAGGAUCCAAAAAAAAUUUUAGAUCACCUCAAGCAACAAGAGCAAAAAGUUCAAGAGCUUUCACAAAAAGAUAGUGACAAAGCCAAGGAUUUCAAAGAAAAAAUGGCUUGGAAAAAUAUACUUCAAAAAGCUGAAGGACAAAAAAUAAAAGAUGAUCCUAUUUUAUUGAAAAAGUCUAUAAAGAAACAAGAACAAAAAAAGAAAACUAGCAAAAAGCAAUGGGAGGAUAGAAUUCAAAGUGUUGUGGGGAAAAAGGAAGACAGACAGAAAAAGAGAAAAGAAAAUAUUACGAAAAAGAAAAAGGAAAAGAAGGCUAAAAUAAUAAAAACAAAAGAAAAGAGAGGACGUGUUGUAAUAUAGUGCAAUUUUUACCAUUGUUUUUAAAGAAAUUGAUAAUAAAUUUUUACCUUCAACA